AUGACAACCCCUAUCUCCGCCUCCGACGGCUGGUGGACAUUCACCAACUACGCGCCGCUCACCACAACUUACACGCCAGCCCCAAGCUGCACUGCAUCGGACCGACUCGGUCUCGGAUAUAUCAAUCAUGGCUAUGUCUACAUCGAAUACGGGGUUCAAUGCACCAGCGAUGUGAUAUUGGAGGACUGUCUGCCCACGGCAACGGCAACGGCGACUUCCUUCCCCGAGCCGCCUACUGACGAUGGCUGGGCGGGCAUCGGUGGUUACUACUCGCCGGGCCUGUACUGUCCCUCAGGGUGGGAGACUGUUGGCGUUGCGGCGCGCGAUGCUAGUAGCUCCUUGUCUUCAUCGGGAAUACUGAGCACGACGCCGGUCGUGACGAUGAGUAGCUCGGAUCCCAUGUCUUAUUAUUAUGCUACGGCUACAUGGGACGACCCUGCGACGCUGUUGAAGAAUCAUCUUGAGCCGGAGCAGACUAUGGCCGUUUGCUGUCCUAGCUCCUUCACCCCCGACGCCUUCGGAGGCUGCUACUCCGUUGUCCCGGACUACAAGCCCACAUGGGGCUGUCAAGCCUAUACAGGCUACAAUUACGACUACGGCGACGUAACGGAGACAUACACCUCCGGCACGUUCACAACCACUUUCGUUGGAGAAGAGCCCACGACUACAAUUUACAAAACCGAGACCCAAACGCAUACUUUCAACCAUGGUGAGAAGAGCGAUUACUCGGCUAUCUCGUACUUGCCUAUGAUUACCUUGCUGCAUCAUGAAUCGGACUUGGCGAGCGCUAGCUCGGCGUCGGCGACGGGAUCCAAGGCAGGUAAUGCUACUGGGACUGCGGCGGCGACGUCGAACGCCGCUGUGAGGCUGCUAGGUGGACGGGAUGGGUUGAAUGGGAUUGGGGCCGUUGCUGGGAUUGUGAUAGCAGCUAUGGGGUUAGGAGCUGCUAUUGUUUUGCAGUGA